UCCAGAAAAGUUAUGCGCCAAGGACUUUCCAACAUGCAGUUGAGAAAAUGGAUGUUACGACCUCGAGUGAUACCAAAACCUCUGAAAACACUCCAAAAUACAACAUGAGGCCAGAACAAGCAGCAGUGACACAGAGCAGCCAAAAAAGUUGUUCGCCAAGGACUAUCCAACUCCUAGUUGAGAAAAUGAACAAUAUGACCUUGGGUGAUACCAAAACAUCUGAAAACACACCAAAAGGCAACAAGAGGCCAGAACAAGCAGCAGUGACACAGAGCAUCCAAAGAAGUCCCUGGUCCAGGACUAUCCGACUCCCAGGUCAGAAAACAAACGAUACGGCCUUGAGCGAUACCAACACCUGUGAAAACACACCGAAAAAGAAAGAGAGCCCAGAAGACCAGAGAGAAACAAACGUGUGGAUCAUUGGGUCCAGUUACAUUAGACGAGCCAAGGGUGAAGCAAAAGAGAUUUUCGGAGAAAAUUUCGGACUUAAUACCAAAGUCCAGUGGUUUGGCAAACGAGGAAUGCGCUGGGGGGGAGUCCUUCCUUGUUUUUAUAAGGAGCUAUCCACACAGAGCCCACCUGACAUACUGGUAAUCCAUGCUGGGGGCAAUGAUUUGGGACUCUUUUCUGCUUAUGAACUUUCUUCUGUCAUUGAGAAGGAAUUGAUGCAAUUGCACACAGAGUUCCCCUCAAUGACAAUUGCAUAUUCAUCCAUCAAUGAGCGUCAAGUGUGGAUAUAUGGAAAUCCAGGCGAAAUCAAUAAGGACAGGGAGACUGUGAAUGCUAGCAUUAGAAAGGCUGUCGACCGCUUCGAUGGAGUGAUUAUUGAGCAUCCGCACAUCAGGUUUUUUGACAACUCCAUUUUUUUACGCAACGGAGUUCGUUUCUCCAAGAAAGGAAAUGAACUGUUUCUGACAAGCAUCCGCACGGCCAUCCAGAAAAGUCUUCAGUCACGUCACUGAAAACUGACUUGAGACAUCAUUUCUUUCACAGUCCAGAAAACCAUACGUUGUUCAUUUUAGGCAAUGUGAGCAACAU